UCAACCUUCCGGAGGGGCACCUUCAAGCAGCUCAGGCAGCGGCGUCGAGCGGAAGAGACGUGGAAGUGACUCCCAGCAGAAAACAUGUCGUUCCUGACGUUCAGCCGCCUGGCGCCCAAGCUCCUCAGCCCUAAGAAUGCCAACUUCCUUGUGGCAGCCAGAAAUGCCAGCGCAUCAACAACAAAUCUGAAGGAUAUUCUGGCAGAUCUCAUCCCCAAAGAACAGACCAGGAUCAAGAACUUCAAACAACAGUAUGGCAAAACCAACAUAGGACAGGUCACUGUUGACAUGGUCUAUGGAGGUAUGAGGGGGAUGAAGGGUCUGGUUUACGAGACCUCUGUUUUGGAUCCUGAUGAGGGCAUCCGUUUCCGGGGCUAUAGCAUUCCAGAGUGUCAGCAGUUGCUGCCUAAAGCUCCAGGAGGUGAGGAGCCGCUGCCCGAGGGUCUCUUCUGGCUGUUGAUCACUGGGCAGGUGCCCACCGAGGAGCAGGUGAACUGGGUUUCCAAGGAGUGGGCGAAGAGAGCAGCACUUCCCUCUCACGUCGUCACCAUGCUGGACAACUUCCCCACAAACCUGCACCCCAUGUCUCAGUUCAGCGCUGCCAUCACAGCUCUGAACAGCGAGAGCAGCUUUGCACGGGCUUACUCUGAGGGCGUCCACAAGACCAAGUACUGGGAGUUUGUCUAUGAAGACUCCAUGGACUUGAUCGCCAAGCUGCCCUGCAUCGCCGCCAAGAUCUAUCGCAACCUGUACCGCGAAGGCAGCAGCAUCGGAGCCAUCGACUCCAACCUGGACUGGUCCCACAACUUCUCCAACAUGCUGGGCUACAGUGACACCCAGUUCACUGAGCUAAUGAGACUCUACCUCACCAUCCACAGUGAUCAUGAAGGAGGCAAUGUCAGUGCCCACACCAGCCACUUGGUGGGCAGUGCUCUGUCUGACCCCUACCUGUCCUUCAGCGCCGCCAUGAAUGGUCUGGCUGGGCCUCUGCACGGGCUGGCCAAUCAGGAGGUGCUGGUGUGGCUGACUGCUCUGCAGAAGGAGAUGGGAGGAGAGGUGUCUGAUGAGCAGAUGAGGGAUUACAUCUGGAACACACUCAAAUCCGGAAGGGUAGUGCCAGGCUAUGGUCAUGCCGUCCUGAGGAAGACGGACCCACGUUACGCCUGCCAGCGUGAAUUUGCCCUGAAGCAUCUUCCCAACGACCCCAUGUUCAAGCUGGUCGCCCAACUUUACAAGAUCGUCCCCAACGUGCUGCUGGAGCAGGGCAAGGCCAAGAACCCCUGGCCCAACGUGGACGCUCACAGUGGAGUGCUGCUGCAGUACUAUGGAAUGACUGAGAUGAAUUACUACACGGUGCUCUUUGGAGUGUCCCGAGCCCUCGGCGUGCUGGCCCAGCUGGUGUGGAGUAGAGCCCUGGGCUUCCCCUUGGAGCGCCCCAAGUCCAUGAGCACGGAUGGACUGAUGGGACUGGUGGGAGUCAAGUCAGGCUGAAGAACCACCUGAGAGGAGGCGGGGGUUAGUGUAAAGGGUGGGAGGAGGUGGAAAUAUCAAAAAAAAGGCAGACAUAAGUUGACCCCCCUGUCAUUUCCAACCCCAGGGAUUCAAUGGGAUUCAAAGAGACAGUACGCUUUUAAUGUCAUUUCACAAAAGAAGGGCCUUUUAACUCGUCUCACAGUUAGUGUUUGAGUGUAUUUAGUUAACCCCUGAGAGGCUUUCCCCCCCCCGUGCCUCCAUAUCUGGAGCACGUAAGGUGAAGGCUUCAGUCACAUGUAACCCAUAGUCGGCUCAAACUAUGUACUAUUCUAAGUCUGCUAGCAUUGCUAAGAUUUUCCCCUCUGCAGUGUCCACGCAUUUGUCAUUGAGCACCUUGUGGGUCUGAACUAUGAAUAGGCAGUGGCAUUCAAAGGGAAUUGUGGGAGUGAAUUACACUUCGUUUAUAUUUGUUCAAAAGUUAAACUACCUGACUCAACCUUUUGUUGCUUCUGGCUAAUGCAGUGAUUUGUUUUAGAGGACGUCCUAAAGAAAAAUCUGUUAUCCCCCCCCUCCAAAUACGACUCAACUUAGUUUUUCCUUCUAUGCAAUGUUCCCAGACGUCAUCCCAGCCAGUCUAUUAACACGUUUCACUCCCGUAUAUGAACACUCCAGUUUAGACAAAAAGGUUCCUCACAAGUAAAGUUAACAGAGAUAAAGCUGGGCUGGUUGAUAAGUUCGUGGCCUAAGGAUGGAGGAGUCCAUUUCAUGACCUAGCGCAUUUAAACCAUGCGGAUCCCUUCUUUGUGGUCAACGACCUCCAGCGUGGUGACGGUGACCGGCCUCCCGGGAUGGCGUCCAUCCUCCAGGCUCCUUGCCACGCUUCACCAGGAUGUAAGAAGGGACCACCAUGUCCCUCCAGGACCUCUUUAGGUGACAGGCUCUUCCACCUUAGGCCACGGACAUAUCAACCCCCCCCAAGCCAACCUUCAAAAACACCUAAAUCAGUUUAAAGAUACUGCCCCUUUAAAUCUUACGUCUCCCCUCUUUCACCAACUCUAGUGGUUUUUCCUUUUUAAAUGAUGACCUGUUUUUCCCUCUAUGAUCAAAAUAACUGUCUCGUCCGUUUUCAUAGGUAAGCUGUCGUGGUUUUUAACGGGUCUCUGCGCAAAUGGACCCUGGUAGAGAAUCCAGAAUAAUGUACAGUAAUCAUGGUGAUAAAGUUCUGAGCAGAGGGUGUUGUUAGUGACGGCCUGUCGUGAAUCCUUAAGAGCAAGCUUGACUGAACCGUGGGAUCCGGGGACUUUGAGGUCCCGUCUUAUCUGAGUGUAUGUUUGUUAAAUCCCCAGAGGAGAGCGCUUUAAACAUCAAAUACUCCAAAAUGAGCACUUGCUUGAUAGGAUUUCCUUAUUGUAGACGUAGACCCCCCCCCCUCCCCCCCCCGGUUGAUUGUAUCCCUUUUUUCAAAGGUUUUUUUGGGUGUUGAAUAUGUAUAAAACUAUAAUCUUUGGGUUCUCAUUUUGUGGUUUUAUUUAUACUUUGUGUACAUAGGUAUAUAUAUGUAUAUGUAUAGCUUGAAUGUAUGAGCUCGAUCACAUGCUUGUAAUAGCCACAAAGAUUACCAUAGUUGAUCCACAGUGUCCUUCAGUGUCACUGUGAAAACUUAACAAACGAACAAAAAGAAAACUGCAGCUAUCUCGUAUGCAUAUAAUUUCUUGCCUAGCUCAGGGGGCCGAGCCGGUGCUGUUUAUUUCACUACUUUCCACUUCAGUGUUUCAAGCUUGCUCUUAAGCUCCGGGUUUGUCAGCACUCCAUUUAUUUUUCUUGUAGUUCAAGUUCCUGGAUCCUUGUUAAUUUACCUUCCCCUUCAAACUGCUCAUGGCGCGUGUUAGUCAGUAGCUCGUUCAGAUGCGUGAGUCUCUCCGCCCGCUUCCUCCCGGCUUCGUCGGGUGUGUUCAGUGUUUGAUCGGUGUGUUCUUCUUCCGUGUGUUGGGUCGUUCCAGAGAUGAGGUUAUUUUGAUCGUAGAGGAGCAGAUAGAGGUUGUUCAUGGUAACGGUGAAUUCACAGCAGAUGGAUUCACGAAGAGAACCACUGUGGGGGAUGGGGCUGGACGGGUCAAUGGGAGAGAAAAGCUUGAAGAGCAAAUAUUGGAAAACCUGACAAAAAAUGAAAAAUAAAGGUUUUUAUUAACACUU